AAUAUUAUGCUAAUCCAGAGAGAGGGACCCGCCUCUCUCCCCUACCCUGCGAGGGGAGCCGGGGCUGACUGAAGCAAGGCGAGCGGCAAGGAAAGGUACAAAAGCGAGACUUGGUCUGGGAACGAGCUCAAGCCACAGCGGCGGACGGAGAGCCCCUUGGCUUGUCUGGGCAGAGAGCUAUCUGGAUCGGACGCUUCAUCUUCACUCAUCUCGGUGAUUUCCCGCUCCUCGGAAACUUGGACGAACUUUUUCACGGGGCAAAGCACCACCACCCCCUUCUCCGCGAAAGGAUCCCCCCCCCAUCCCGCUCCGUUUGGAAGGCGGCAGGGAGCAAACUGGCUUCAGAAAUUCCCCCGGCAGAUCCGCGGGGACCAGAAGGAGGAGAACAAGUUUGCCGCCCGAGCAUCUCUCCCGCUCUCCCUGGAGAACAUGAUCAGGGCAAAGACACUCUCCGGAAAGGCUUUAUCUUGCGCGUCGCUCUCUUUGCUCUGCGUCGGGACGCUGGUUUGCCUCGGCGAUGCCAAAGGGACCUAUUACCGCCACCCUGUGCCGAUCCCUUACGCCAACAGAUACAACCUCUACACCUCAGGAUCUAGUCCCCAACUCACGCCGGGGAAGCCCGUGGGGAAGCACAAGAGCUACUGUGCAUACGUGGUGCAGAGGAAUGUGACCUGCACCCUUCAGGAUGGAGCAGAGAGCUAUGUGAAAGCUGAGUAUCACAAGUGCAGCUGGGGACCCAAGUGUCCUGGGAAAGUCCUGUAUCACACAUUCUUCAGACCCAGAUACAAGAUUGGCUAUAAGACUGUGACCGAGUUAGCCUGGAGGUGCUGCCCGGGCCUCAUGGGAGAAGGAUGCCAUGACAGUCCCACCGACCAGCCAGGGCUUCUGCCCCAACACCCCAGCCCCAAGAUGCCUCCUAUGCAGAAGAUGUUCCCAGGUCCUCGAGUGCCGCCACACCCCAAAAUCCAUUCUGAUCCAUUUCCAGGAACAAAGAAGAACCAUUUUGGUAGAAAGAUGCCUGGUUUGUUUGGAGAUAGGCUGGACCGGCUAGAGGAGGAAGUCAGGCGUCUCUCUCAGUCUUAUGACACCCUGCACAAUAUGGUGAACGGCCUCGGAGACCACUUGCGACUGGCCAUCCAGGAAGACACCAGCAAGAUGAUUGGAUCCCUGAUGAAUAGCCCAAGUGUGCCCGAUUCAACCAUGGGGUUUGGGGUUAUUCCUGAUGGGAUUGUGGAUGCAGCUGACAAAGCUGACCUCUCCCCAUAUCCACCAGUGGGAGAGAUCCUGAGCAAAGUGACUGAGGUGAGCGAUGCACUGAAAACCAAGACAGACUUGCUGGAUGAGGUGCAUGGCAUGGUCCUGGACCAUGAUGGGCAUAUCAAACACCUGCUGGAGUCAGCCCGGCCUUCACCCCUCACCUCUAUUGAUAUGCUAGAAGAGUAUGUGGACAGCAGGCUUAGCAACUUGCGGGUGGAGCUGCUGGAUGGUUUUGAGAAGAAACUGGUGAACAUCCAGAGCACCUGUGACUACCAGAUCAAGGAAGUGCAGCAGCAAUGUGAGGAGGAGAAAGCUGCCAACCUCCGUCUUCAGCAGACACUGGAUGGCAAAGAACUGGAGAUCAAGAAGGAGAUCUCCCAGUUGGAGACCCAGAUCCAAGGGCUGUCAGUUGUGGAAAGCUGCUGUAGCAAUUUGAACUACCUCACUCAAAGAAUGGAUAUUCUAGAGAAGGGCCUGCAUAGCAUCUCUGAGUCUCAAAAGAACCUGCACUCUAGGCUGGACAAUGAACUUUCUGCAGUCAGCUUGGGGAGCCUCUUUGAAGGGCGUUUUGAAGACCUUGAGACCAGGCUGAACAUCACAGAGAGGGAAACAGGCAGUUGUUGCUCCAACGUGGAGGACAGCAUGAGAGGUCUGCUGGGGUCAGAGUUGGAUGGUACAAGGGUCCUGUUUGAGGACAAGAUGAGAACCUUGGAGGACAGGUUCAUGACCAUUGUAGGAGAAGUGAGUAAUGUCAGCUCUGCAGUGGGGAUAGAUGGAGCCGCAAUGCCCCUCCUAGAGGAAAAGCUUUCCACCAUAAGACAGGAAACAAACGAAAAGCUGGAGAUACUACAAAGCCGCCUGACCACCUUGGAGAGCACAUGCUCGUUGGGUUGCACAUCCACUUCCAAAGACGUCGAGAUCUUCCGGACAGAGAUUGAAGACUGCCAAAGCAAGAACCAGGACUUGCUACUUCGCAUGGACAGCAACUCCGACCUGCUGCGGAAACUGAAUGCCACCAUUCUGGAGAUCCAGAGGCGGAUUGAGAAGGAGACAGCUGGAUCCUUGCAAGGUGAGAUUACACUGCUGAAGAUCAACCUGAACACCAUGAGCAAGUCUCUAACUGGGCUGAAGGAUUCCGUUUCCCAGUACUCAGACACAGUGCUGCAUGUCAAUUCAUCUCUGGAUGAGCGUGAGCGCAAGAUAGAAGAUGAGGUCCACUCCAUUCAAGAGAAGAUUAGCGACCAAGGCUCCCAGCUUCUGUUCAGCAACAAGCGUGUCCUGAACUUAAAGGGAGACCUGGAAAGGCUCAAGUCCAGGAUUAUCAAUGACUUGAGCAAUUGCAAGAGUGUAGCCCACAACCUGCAGAAGGAAGUGCUCCAGUUUGAUGACCGUGUGGCCCAGGUGGAGGACAUGUGUGGCAGACUGGGCACAGUGACAGGAAGCCUGGACCGCAUCAGAAACGAACUGGAGAGUACAGGAAGUCUGUGGGGCUACAUGGACCAUAUGAACGCAACCUUAGCUGCCCACUCUCAGGAAAUAACUGUACUCAAGGAUAACUUGUUGGAUUGCCAGGCUAAAGUCACGGAACUAGCUGAAGACGUUAGCCUCUUGGAAGGCAAGCUGCAAAGCAGUCAGCAUUAGCUAUGUCAAGCCUGUCUUGAAGUACAACUAACUUAUAUCAUGCAGAUUCCAAUGUGAUACCAGGAUUUUUGUUUUAUUUUGGGGAGGGGAGAAGGUUCAAAAACUUAAAAGCUGCUAUAAGCCCAUCUCUCCUUUCUUUUUUUGGAGUGACGUUUUCCCCUGCAGCUCAAGCUGAACGUUUGCCAUUACUGUACCCUCUGUGGACAUUAAGCAGCUGUACUUAUGUAGCAAAGUGCCUUCCUCUAGACGGGGUCAUGUUUGGGUUAGUUUUCCAAUAUGUGGCUCCGUUCAGGAAGGAAUUGGAGAUUGACCUGUCUCAUCAAUCCUUUGUUCUGGGAAUAAUGAAAAGCCCCUAUGUAAGAGCUGGGACAGAGAAAAUAAGUUCCAGCCAAAUGUAUACAUCUACUGGAAGCAAAGAUCUGGGUCAGGGACCAUUCCAAGCAAUAACGCUGAUGUAAACAAAGACAUUGUUCUUCCAUUUUGUACAUACUGGAAUUCUUCAUGGCAGCAUUGACUGAUAUAAGCACACAGGACUCUCAUUCAGAAGUCAACAGGUAUUGUAUGGGGUGUGUCCAAUAAGAGGCUACUCUGUUCACACAAACUUAUCUCACAUUGCACUCAUGCUCAGGCUACAUUUCUCAGCCUCAUAGCUGGUAUUGCCAGGCACUGUGUGUAGCCUGCCAUGUGCAUGAAAGGGGGGGGGCAGGCAU